AACCUGCCAAACAAAUGAGAAACUCGGUUCUAGGCAUGAUGGAUAUUUUGUCCUCGCUUGAGAAGAAACAAGGUGAAAUAGAGAAGGAAAGCGUUAAAGAAGAAGUUCAAGAAAAGGCAAAACAAAAUCGACAAUCUAUAGUUGACAUGAUGGCUACUUUGUCCCAAAUUGAAACUGUAACUAAUAACAAUGGACAGGUCCAAGAGAUUGUAAGAAGGAAUUCAAUUAAUGACAUGAUGAAUACAUUGGCCAAUUUGGAUUUGCUUAAUGGUAACAGUUUUAUCAAAGAGAAUAAGAAAGAACCAGUACCUGAAGAACAUGAAAUCAAAACUUCUUCUAAAACCCCUCUCCAUUGCAAUACCACACCAGUUAUAAAAGAGUAUUGGACUGAUAAAGACACCCUGAUGGACCAGGAUUUACUUGACGAAAUCAAUCAACUUCCCGAAGACUUCGAAUUUGAAGACCAUGAACUGAAACGACCACUGUCGUCACCAGCUUUCUUUAGGUCCAAUUCAUACAAUAAGAAACCAUCCAAAUCAGUAAUGUCAAAUCAGUAUCAGUCUAACAAGAUAGAAACUACCAACAAAACAGUCACUUUCUACAGAAAUAGUUAUUCUGCUCCUUCAUUGGAAAUCAAGAAAGCCGAUAGUAUAAGCAGGACACCGUCAGCACGAUCAUACAACUCAUGUACUUCAGUUAGAGAAGAGGAAAACUCAGAUGAAGAAGAUGUUUAUGAUGGGCCCAAGAUGAGAUUUUAUUCUCAAUUCAUGAUUAAUGAUUUGCAUAGCAAUGAUUCAUUUUCAAGACAAAACAACUUGAAAACGAUUUCGGAAGGUGAAAGUCCAUUUUUAAGGUGAAAAUAAUUAUUAUGGAGGAAUUAUAUACUUAUAUAAAUAAUUUAGGGCUUGUAUGAAACACCCGAAUCAGUUCGCUGUUUCAUGAACGUAUUAAAAUCAUAGCUAUCGCUAGUUCUAUAGUCAAAAUAAUUGGAUUCCAAGAUAGGCAUACUCUUUCUUUGGUUUACUGCAGGCUUGGUACGAACGCUAGGCUGUCUCUCGGUUGGAUGAAGAAUUCUACUAGAUACAUAACUUGAUGAUGAUGAUGAAACUGAGCCAUUGGACCUCUUCAAGUUUAGUUCACGUAGUACGCGACCAGAUGUAGUUAAUGCACUAACACUUUUCAUUUCCACUUUGCGAGCCUGUUUGAUUUGUAGUUGCGACAUGGAUUCGGUCACGGAUGCAUAGCUGUUUGUUGACAGUGUUGAUGAUGAUGCUGUGUUGGAUCUAAACAUCCAAUUAUGUCUAUAUUUUGAGUAGAUACUCAGUAAUUCAUCCUCUGUGUCAUCACCAGAGAAUUCUUCCUCUUCUUGGAUCUCUUCCUUCGCUCUUAUGGGUUCUUUCUUUUCUUCUUCUGUAGCUGGUUCCUUUAUAGCGUCUUCAUCAAUAUCUUCGUCAACUAAUACAACCUCCACUUCUUUACCGUCUUUCAACUUUUCAGUUACUGACUUGUAAGAAAGAACUGAGUCUCUUCUAUUGAUCAAGCAUAAAUCAUAUUCAUCUUCGGUCAAAUCAAUGACGACACUUUCAGUAUCAGAACCAACAUUAUUAUUAUUAUUUUUUUUGGACUUUUUAGACUUGGUUUUUGUGGCAGAUUUAAGACUGGCAUGAAUCUUACUGUUUCUUCUCAAAGUUUCAGGCAGAGGUGACAUGAAAUCAUCGUCUGCUACGGAUUCAGACUCUUUAAAAUCGACAGCAUAGUUCACUUUAGAUGGCGGGGCAGCCACUUUGAUAUUCAUAAGUUCAGCAACAGCAUCCUUAGGUGCGACUAUGGUUGCUGGAUUCAUGGAUUGGGCUCUCACGUGCAGAACGUUUGCCUGGAUGUCUUUACUAGGAUUGAAAUCAAUAUUGAACAUGGAUCGGUGACGCGCGUGCCUUAUUGGCGAUUUUGAAGAUGGUUUGGGCUCAGCUUGUUGGGAUAGCAUUGUCGGUACUGUUUUCGAUAAUUUGGGAGCGGUAUAUAAUCCUGCUGAAAAGACAUCUGAGUCAGAAUCAUCACCAAGCAUGUUAAAUUGUUGUCUCAAGUGGUUUAUGGCUUGCUUUCCAGGAACACCCAAAAAUAUAUUAUUAUUAUCAUCGUCAUGAAUGUCAGAGGCAGUGGUCUGUGUUCUGAUAUCGGAGAAUGUGGUUCCGUCAUACGAUGAAGGUGCCUUUGACGAAUAUUCAUCCAUAACUCUCUUGUCAUCAAGAUCGGGGAUUUCUAUUUGACCUGUGCUGGAAUAGAAACUGUAUCUUGACUUGUGGUUC